UGUCAGGGGGAGGAGUUAGACCCCUGCUUCAGUAUGAAUGAGCUCACAGGUGUUGAUGUUCCUGUGAUUGAUAAGAGAGAGAGUGUAUCCCGCCCCUAACUCCCUCCCUCCCUUUCUGGCCAAUUUUGCUUUUUUUUGGACGUCUGUGACUUCAUCAGGACUCAAACUCGUAUAAUGAGGUUGUGUCAUCACAGUGCCCUGUCCUGAAGACGCUCGACAGCUGAGAAGGCGGUCAAAACGAUGGCACUGAGUGUACCGUGAGGUUUGAGCUUCAAAUGAAACAUUGCGUUCAACUUUGACAACCAGCUGUCAUGGAAACCAAGGCAAAUGGUUCGAUGGAAACCAAAAGUACGGUGGAGAACGGGCAGCUUCCUGACCCUGCCCACUGGGCUGUAGCCGAUGUUGUCAAUUAUUUUAAAGCUACUGGAUUUGAAGAGCAAGCCAACGCUUUCCAGGAUCAGGAAAUCGAUGGCAAGUCUCUAUUGUUAAUGACCCGUAACGAUGUUCUGACUGGACUCUCGAUAAAACUGGGGCCGGCUCUGAAGAUCUACGAGUACCACGUGAAGCCGCUUCAGACCCAGCACUUGAAAAGCAAUGCCUCGUAGCAGUCCGGAUGGACGGGCCGAGCCUUGGACGACAAUCACGCCAUGGGACAGCAGGGUAACUGCAGACUGAAGAGAAGGCCAUGUCCUUAUGUGCAUUUUAUGCAUUUUUGUGGGCAAAUACACACACAAAAAAAACGUUAAUGUGAAUUUCUUUCUCAUUCUAAAUUUGGUUGUACAGGUACAACGCUGUCUCUUUUUGGUUUGUGUGUGUGUGUGUGUGUGUGUGUGUGAGUGAGAGGACGGGGGGUGUGGGGGAUUCGUUGAACUGGUGUUAUGACUGAAGUGUUUUUCUUUUGUUUGUUUUUUUAAUGACCCUUUGCAAGCAUGUAAAUACAUCAAAAUGUUUGCAAUUUUUAAAAAUUUUACUGUAAAAUAUUGUGUGAAAGUAUUUGGCACUAAGACGAUAAACACUAUUGUGCAAAGGGUGGCUAGGUGUAAGGAAUUUUCAGAGUUUUUAUUGAAAAUGAGCUCAUUGCAUUAUACUGGUCUGUAUAUAAAAAGUGACUAAAGGAGUGGCGGAUCAAUUGUUUUCGUUGGUGCUUGCUUCCUCUGCUCCUUAAAGCUAUUUAAGUCUUUAACGGUUAUAAAUAAGUUACAGCACACAUGAUGGUGUUCGGCUGUGAAAACUAACCAUGCUGCAGCUGUGUGUUUUUAUUAAAGAUUUAUUCUUUAAAAUCUACUCAAUUAAGGACUUUGAAGCAGUGUAACAGGUAGCUAGAGCCUGGGGUCUGAUUAAAACCAGGCUCCUUUUUGUGUUUAAAUGGGUUGUUUGCAUUGUAAGACAAUUAGAAGUUUAUAAUUACUGUAUGAUUCUUUUUGACACGAGGAUCACAAAAUACUACUUUUUGAAAUCUCUGGAAGCCGGUGGUGUUUCUGACGCCGGUGCUUAAGAAAUUAUUUUCAUUUUUUUUAAAAGGGUGUCUUUUUAGCAAAAUUCAUUUAAAAAUGUCCCGCGAUAGCGGAUUCGUGGAAUGUCUGAUGUUUGCAAUAAAUUGUGCUUGAAUGAAAAAAGGCACUGAUUCAACCAUAAUCCUAGUUAGGGAAGAGAUCAUAACCCUGAUCAUAACCCUAAAUCCAUGAUCGGAGGCCCAGAUUAUUUCUUCUAUGACUGUCAUGGGGGGGUGAAUUGCUGUGCUUUGUGUGUUUCCUAACACCAUUUUCAUCUGCAAUAAUACCACAUUAUAUAAGGAAUGAAAGGAAUCCAUACACCAUUUAAUCUCUAAUUCUCUUUACAAAUACGCUUACACUACAUUUCCAAAAGUUUUGGGACACCCCUCCAAAUCAUUGAAUUCAGGGGUUGGACUUGGUCCCUUAGUUUCAGUGAAAGGAACUCUUAAUGCUUCAGCUUCAUACCAAGACAUUUUGGACAAUUUCAUGCUCUUUGUGUGAACAGUUUGGGGAUGACCCCUUCCUGUUCCAACAUGACUGCACACGAGUGACCAAAGCAAGGUCCAUAAAGACAUGGAUGAGUGAGUUUGGUGUGGAGGAACUUGACUGACCUGCACAGAGUCCUGACCUCAACCCCAUAGAACACCUUUGGGAUGAAUUAGAGUGGAGACUGUGAGCCAGACCUUCUCGUCCAACAUCAGUGCCUGACCUCACAAAUGCACUUCUAGAGGAAUGGUCAAAAAUUCCCAUAAACACACUCCUAAACCUUGUGGAAAGCCUUCCCAGAAGAGUUGAAGCUGUUAUAGAUGCAAAGGGCGGGACAACUCCAUAUUACAUUCAUGUGCAUGUAAAGGCAGAUGUCCCAAAACUUUUGGCAAUAUAGUGUAUAUCUAAUUUCACCUACAUUCAAAUUAGUGAUCCAGAUAUUUUCAUAUCUUUAAAAAAAACAUGAAAGAUUAAAUUUGUUUAAUCACACCUCCACAAAAUUGUGUCAUGAUGUAUAUGUAUACACAAUCCCCAUGUUCAAUUUAUUUAUUAAACCUCUUAUUUAUUAAAUGUGAGUAGUAUUUGUUGCAGCCAUUGCAUUCAGAGCCUCACUGACCAAUUCAGGUCUUUUUAAAAAUUUGUUCCUUUUUAUUUAUGUUGAUAAAUCCACUUGUGAAAGUUGAAUGCAUAGGGUUCUUUUUUUUGUUGACUUGUUUUUAUUGCAGUUUAUUAAAGUCUGUUAAGACAG